AUGGUUUGUUCACCUGGUUCUCAAAGAUCUGUGAGCAGAGGUACAGUUCACAGUCGUAGUAGAAGUCGCAGUCAAUCUAGAAGUGGUAGUAUUGAACGAAGUUAUACACAUUCUAAUCAUAGUCGGUCAGCAAGCAGAUCAUUUUCAAGACACAGUUCUCAUUCUCAUCGAAGUGGAAGAUCAAGAAGUCGUUCUCACUAUUCUCGUUCUCGGUCACAUUCUGAUCAUCGGCAUUCCAGAUCUUGGACUAGAUCACGUUCACGUACAUGCGAUAGAUCGGCAUAUUCUUCACGUUCAAGAUCAGGUAGUCGUUCAAGAUCAAGGUCUAGUUAUCGUGGUGGUCGAAGAAAAUCAUUUUUCAGAAGUAGAACAAGAAGUUGUUCAUAUCAUUCUGAUGCACCUUCACGAUCUCGAUCACAUACGCCCGCUUCAAGAACUGUUUCGCCAAGUAGUAAAGGUGGUAGAGAUCCAAGAGAUCGUUCAAAGCGUGCACACUGGACAAAUAAUGUCUGGUUAGUUGGUGAAAAAGCCAAGGAUACAGUAUUCCAUUUCUGUGAUAUAUGCGAUUUACCGAUUGUCAUCUAUGGACGACUUCUUCCAUGUAAACACGUUUUAUGUUAUACAUGUGCAAUGAAUAUAAUGAAUAAAUGUAAAAGAUGCCAAAAAUCUGUACAGACUGUUGAACGUUGUUUAGUCGGUGGGAUAUUCAUGUGUUUUGAAAGUGAUACUUGUCGGCGUACUUAUCUUAGUCAACGUGAUCUUCAAGCGCAUAUUGAUCAUCGUCAUCGAACUGGAUCAACCAGUGGAAACAGUGGAGGUGUCACUACAGUCACUACAACAGCUAACAACAAUAGUAAUGAUAAUAAUAAUAAUAGUAAUAAUAGCAAUAAUAACGCAUCAAUGUCUAGAAAUGAUAUUGUUAAUCUUUCGGAGACUAUCAUUUCUGUUGCUAGUCAACAUAUGAAUUUCACAGAUGGAACAUCUCUACUCUCUGGUGGUGUGAAAGCAACAGCGACAACAACACCAACACCAACCAACAGUAAUACAGUAACUACAACUAUACCUAUGCUAGAUAAGAUAACAGUUUCCAAUGCUCAGAUGUCUUUGUUAGGCCCAUCACCAAGAAUGGUUAUGAUGAAUACAAUGAUUCCACCGAACUGUACAACAACUCCACCGAAUAUUUUUAUCAAUAAUCAAAAAAGUAGUGGACUUUUACCGUUGCCUACACAAACUACAAUGCCUGCUGCCGUCUCUUCAUCAAUACUCCACUCGACAAGACCUCCUAUUCCUAGUGCUGCUGGCCUAAUGACUCGACCUGCUGGAAUAAAUAAUCCUUCUGUUAUUGGAAGUAAUAGUAAUAUUAGUAGUAGAUAG